AUGGCACGUAACGAAGUUUUCUGGCAGAAAAAAACCAGCAAUGCUUCGAGAGUAGUUCAGUCGGCUAGAAAGGUUUUUGAUCAAUGGCGAGUUGCGAACUCGAACACAGCAGCCUCUUAUGCUACUGGUGUUCAUUCUGGCAGCAACAAUUGGACCAAACCAAUGAGUGGUAAGAUCAAAAUAAAUGUUGACGGAGCUAUUUUUGAACCCCAACAAUUGUUUGGUUUUGGGUGCUUGGCGCGUAACCAUACGGGUCAACUCUUGGAAGCUUUUGCGGAGUCUAAGUUCGGUGUGGUGCUUCCCGAAAUUGCUGAAAUCAUGGGCAUGAAGGAAGCUUUAAGUUGGAUCAAGAAGAAAGGGUGGGAGGAUGUGAUCGUUGAGACUGAUUCGUUGAUUGUAGUUCAAGCUCUCAACAGUUCAAUUCACAUGACUUCUUACUUUGGGUUGUUGGUGGAGGAUUGUCGCUUGAUUUUAACUACUCUAAAGAAUGUUUUAAUUUCUUUUGUUUAUCGAUCUGCUAAUAAGGCUGCCCAUUGUCUUGCUCGGGAGUCUUGUUCUUUGUCAGGUUGUUUGUUUGAUGAGCUGAAUGCUCCUUCUUUUCUGAAGAACAUUGUAAUGGCUGAGGCUAUUUCUUAA